AAUCGGGGGCACCGUUCACGCGUCACCUGACGGAUUGUGUGUUUCUCUGGAUUUGCUGUUGUCUCGGUCCGAGCGACUGGAAGGCUGGUCGGCUAGCACAACAUUGAGGUCCUUGGAGUUAUUGUUCAUUUUUCAAUGUUACAACCGCGGUAUCCGUGUGUAUACGGUACAGUAAUAUGCGCGAGGGCGAGUGAGUGCGACAGAUCAUAAGGUUUGUUUGAAUCCUCCUGAAAUAAGGACUUUGGAUAAGAAGGAAUAGGAGCGGCUGACGCUAUUAGGGUUAGCCUCGCUGUUUGUAUUGGAAAGUGGCGUUCAAGUGCCAUCGGAACUCCUAGCUUCUUCGCAUCUCGUCAUGAAGAAAGAGGAUGUAUUUGGAUCGAUUGUGAGUCCAGAAUUUCUCAUCCUGGUCCUGUUUGGAGUCAGAGUUUGCGUAAAUUAUUGGAAAUAUUUGCAAUGACGAUAACGAGUGGCUUAUGUCGUGAAUCUAGGUUAAACCCAAGCACAGAUACAAGGAAACUACCUCAAGACAAUUCCACCGCCUCCAAGUCAUGUAGCCUUCCCAGUUGAAUCGAAUACAGAAUAUCAAGCAGAUAAAUCUCAAGAGACGAAACGCUCUUCAAAUUAGCCUAAACUUAUUUGCUUGAGGAGUGAAUUUGCUCCAAAAUUGAUUUGUUUGCUGGCAGAAUUGCUGGCAGAAUUGCCGACAGGUUUCCCUGUUUCGUAUGCCCUCACUGAUGAGGACGAUCAUUAACACGUCGAACGUAUUAAUGAUCGGGCUAUAAUAAGACCACUUUGGCUAUGUAAUCGCUGACCACAGGAGACAUUUCAUAGUUGGUGAAAACCGGGAUAUUUUAGGUCCCCAACAGGCUUUUGUCGUGAGUCGGGACACGCAACUCAUAACCGGGACGUCUGGUCACCUUCAAUUAAUUCCGCCCUCCCACUUUGUUGUCGACUUUUGGAUACUAGGGCUAUAAGCAGAAGCCGCACAUUGAAAUCGGUCUUUAAAAAAUGUGGACUUACGGACUUGGGCUCAUAUUACCCGGAAUGAGGCCAAACUUCUCUCCACCUAUCUGCGGAACAUAACCGACGCCCGUGUCCUUGAAGAGAACUGACCACUGCGAAAAGAUGGCGACAGAAAGCCAACCCCUUCAUGGAGAACUGUUUGUCCACCCGCUCUCCAACCCCCAAGCCUCGGGGAUAUGCCCGGAGAUGCUGGAGGUGGCCGAAGUGGCCAACCUGGCCGGGGACUUCAGCCUUGCCGUGGAGAUCUACAGCUCCCAGCUCGCUGACCUCCAGCAGCCCGACCGGGGCCUCUGUCUGCGGAAGGCCGACUCCCUGGCCCGGGCCGGGCGCGUCUCCGAAGCGCUAGACUCUUAUUGCACGGCGGCAAACCUGGAGAAGCUGCGCCCGGACGAGCUGCGAUUGCUGGUGGAAAGCAUAGCCCGGACUCUACGCGAGAAGGAGUUGAAUAUCAGUAGUGGGAAUGGGAAUACUGCUUGUCAAGUGAAAACAACAGGUAACGGGGCCGCGGACGGGGCCGAGAGAGACGCUGAGUGGUUUGAAGAGGAACCCCUUGACAUGUUCUCCUGUCACCUGUGCCGGUGUCUGUUGCACGAGCCCGCCACCCUGGACUGCGGCCACACUUUCUGUAGACUUUGCCUGGUGGACGUGAAAGACUGCAUACAUUGUAAGCGUAAACUGGAUAAAAACGACGCCGAUGGGGGUCAGAGGAUCAACGUGGUUCUCAGUGGCCUGCUGGAGAAGUGGUUCGAGGCGGAGAGUGGGGCCAGGAAACACUGGGUAGAGGCGCAGGGUUUGUGGAAGAAACUCAAGUACACGGACGCACUUCAUCACUUCAACAAAGCAGUCGCGCUUGCACCCUCCUUAGGCAGUCUGCGGAUGCAGCGGGCGAAGUUGCACAUGGAGAUGAGCAACUAUAGCCUGGCUGUCCAGGACUCCACCAGCCUUUGCCGGAGCAAACCGCUCUCACCCAAGGCUCACCACCUGAUGGCUUCAGCCCUCACUAAGGCGGGUCGUAAGGAUGAGGCGUUGCAGGAGUACUUCCUGUGUGUCGCGCUCAAACCCAAUUGUACCAAAAUCAAGCUGGAGGCGCAGACGGUGCUGAGCGAACUCUUCUCCUCUGUGUUCGAGAGGGAUGAUCGGCCCACCCCCCUCCACCCACUGCAGGGGGGGGGCACCUCACGCCUAAUCAAACCCCCUGCCCUCUUCAGCUCCCUCAGCACUUUCACCCCCAGACUUGGCUGGUCUUCUACGGAGUCGGAGCUCAGCGCGUCGAAGGCUCCUCCAGCCGGCAACACCUCCCCCAGCCCCCAUUCUCUCUCUCCCGGAGGAGACGCCUCUGGGGGAGGAGGCAGAGGAGGGGAUGGGAAGGAGGGCAGCAGUAAGAGCCUGCUAAGUGUCCUGGCAGCCCUACCAGCACCUCCUGGUGGCCUGAAAAGGAGGUACAGUGGAGAGGGAACUUCAAUCUCCUUCUGCCCACGCUCCAAGAUCUCCAGACCAGAAGCGGGGUGCAGCUCACAGAGCCCGACAGCCGGGAAGAACUGCGGGAGAACGGUUCCAAGCGAGCUGCUAGACAGUGUUGACAUGGAGUGUUCUCUCUGCAUGAGGCUGUUCUAUGAGCCGGUGGCGACGCCCUGCGGCCACACCUUCUGUCUGAAGUGUCUCGAGCGCUGCCUGGACCACAACCCCAACUGUCCGCUCUGUAAGGAGAACCUGGCCGAGUAUCUGGCGACUCGGGGGUACAACAAGACCCUGCUCAUGGAGGAAGUGCUACAGCGUUACCUUGGAGACGAGCUGGCAGAGAGGAAGAAGAUCCACGAGGAGGAAAUUAAGGAACUUUCAAAUCUGAACCAGGAGGUGCCCAUCUUCGUGUGCACCAUGGCCUUCCCCACCAUCCCCUGUCCGCUGCACGUGUUCGAGCCACGCUACCGCCUCAUGAUCCGCCGCUCCAUGGAGACCGGCACCAAGCAGUUCGGCAUGUGCAUCGCCGACGACCUCAAGGGGUUCGCCGACUACGGCUGUAUGCUUGAGGUGCGUGACGUGAAGUUCUUUCCCGACGGUCGUUCGGUGGUGGACACCAUCGGUGUGUCGCGGUUCAAGGUGCUGAGCCACGGCCAACGAGACGGCUAUAACACAGCGAAGAUAGAGUACCUGGAGGACAAGAAGGAGGAGGGGGAGGAGCUGCUGGAGCUGCUGAAGCUGCAUGACUCUGUGUAUGAGCAGGCUAACAGCUGGUUUACCUCCCUCCGAGACGCCAUGAAGAACCAAAUCGUCAGCCACUUCGGACACCUGCCCACCAAGGACCCCGAGCCCCAGGCUUUACCCAGUGGCCCCGCCUGGUACUGGUGGCUCCUGGCGGUUCUCCCCCUGGAGAGCCGGGCUCAGCUCACCAUCUUGGCUAUGACCUCCCUCAAGGACCGGCUGGUUGCCAUUCGCCGGGUCCUUAUUUUCGUCACGAGGAAGAAGCCCCGGUGAGGGCCUGGAGGAUGUCUGGACCUUAGCCCCCAGGAAGCCCCUUCCUCUCCUGACCUCUCUGGCCCUGGGGGCCCUCAAUCUGCCCCAAGAGAUUUGCCUUCUGACCGCGUACUGCAGCAUCAGAACAUGUAUGAAUGUUCCUGAACUCUGAAGUACUCCAGUCAGCGCCUGAAGAACCAUGACGCAAAGUGUUUGGUUUUUCCCUGUCAUCUGCUACUCCUCCGUCCAUCUCUGUCUCUGAUCUGAUCUGUUGCUCAUCUAGCUUGAUCAUCUCAGCCCUGGCCCUUUGAGGAGCCGUGUUUUGUCAACAUCACUGCCAAUUUAGGUCUGUAUUUAGGAAAGAAAAAUGACCGUUAGCUGAUGGUGAUUCCAUCACAUGAUUUGGCAGAAGCAACGUAGUGGUUGGCUAAACUAAAGGGGACCGACUAUAGCGGCCUGUGGUGCUCCACACCCCCACAAAUGAGGUGUGCCCAAACCUUUGACUCAGCAAAAGUUUGGUUUGAAGUGUUUGAGUCAUACAAUAUACUCAAAAGGUUAAGGAAAAUAAAAACAUACCCUAUACCUAUCUACCUCUAAAAUAUACAAUCUGAUGUACAACCAAUUUGAGAAUUUCCAGAUUGAAUGUAUUAGUUUGCUUUACUUGCUUUCAAGGGUAGGAAAGCACUAAAACCUAAUUAGAGUCCCAAUACAGGACAGAAUUAAAUAAGGCACUGUUUGGUUUUCUCAUGGCAAAUUUGUUUUUUAGAUUUUUAGGAAGAUUGUUAGGUUGCGCUGGAGAUGACUGACGGAAAUGUCAGAGGUCUGAGGAUUGGACUGCUUCACAUCUCUUUGUCUUACUCUGUGAGUGUCUCUCGUGUUGUCCUGUUAUGAAUUGCUGUCCGUCAAUGUAUAUCGGAGGCCAUUGUGAAGUUUUAUCUGGGAUGUACUUUCACUCGUUUUCUCCGUCUCUACAUCAGUCAGUCCCUCUAUCUCGGUCUCUGCUCGGUCUCUACCUCUUUCUCUCUCUGUCUCUGUCCCUCUGUCUCCACCUCUGUCUGUCUCUGCUCUGUCCCUGCCCAUUUAGGUGUUAACGAUGGCUGUUGUGAGCACUCUGGGGUGGGGUUAAGAUGCGUUCCCCCUGUAUAUUUGUAAAGGGAGAUGUUGUACUUCAUUUUUUUAAUUGCAUAUUAAAUAAAACUCAUUUACACUUGGGCUCUGCUUCUCCCUAUCUGCUCCACAAUACUCAAAAUAUGACAGGAAACUACAUAUUAAGAGACUCAUGUAAUACACAUGUGGCCUGCAUAGUGACAUCGAUGUAGUUGUGGACGAUUUCCGCUGAAUGGAACGGCAAGUGUUGGCCACUAGGUGGCAUUGUUGCAUUAUGCUGCUACAGAGAAACGGAGGGCAUGGAGUUCGUCCAGGGAUGAAUUUUUCUUGGUCAACAGACAGAAAGAGCGAGAGAAAUAGAAAUGCAGAAG